UUACCUGCUACCUUCUAGGCUGCGCAUUUCUUGAAGGCAAGAUUCACACGUUCUUUAUACCUUCAUUCAGUGUCUCAUUCAUAGCUCUGUACUAGACAGUUUGCAGGAAGAACGGAUAGGCCACCUGGGUCUCAAAAACCCACUUACUAAGUGGCUGAGAAAACUGGGAGACUUCAUUCCUAGAGAAAAUUCUAAAAAGCUGCCUCUAGAUGGCUAGCACCAGAUAGGCAACCUGACUUUAUGCCCACUCUUAGGCGCCACUAUUUAUAUCCCCAACGGAGAUUCUCCUUCAAAGAAGCCUGCAUAGAAACGAGGAAAACAGGGAAAACACUAAAGCCCAGACCCACGUCGUCACGUGCGUACCAGAACCGGACAGUUUUCGGCCCAGCGGGAGGAUAUGCGCUUGCGCGGCGCGGAAAAGGAGCAGCGAGACCGGGACCGGCUCCCUCAGAGACGUCAUCCAGCACAUGACAGCUCCGCCCUUCUCAAAAUGGCGCUGCGCGCAAUGAGGAAAGCGCGAGGGUGCCAGAGUGUCAUCCGGGCACUUCACGAAGGACCAGAAAUUGCUCCUAUUCCCCAGAAAGACAGCACGAAGCGAGUGUUUUCUGGCAUUCAGCCUACAGGAAUCCUCCACCUGGGAAAUUACCUGGGAGCCAUUGAGAGCUGGGUGAAAUUACAGGACAAGUACAACAUGGUGCUUUACAGCAUUGUUGACCUCCACUCCCUCACUGUCCCCCAAGACCCCACUGCCCUUCGGCAGAGCAUCUUUGACAUGACUGCUGCUCUCCUAGCCUGCGGCAUAAACCCAGAGAAAAGCAUCCUUUUUCAACAGUCUCAGGUGUCUGAACACACACAGUUAAGUUGGAUCCUUACCUGCAUGGUCAGACUGCCUCGAUUACAACAUUUACACCAGUGGAAGGCGAAGGCUGCCCAGCAGAAGCAUGAUGGAAUGAUGGGUCUGCUCACAUAUCCAGUACUCCAGGCAGCUGAUGUUCUGUCCUACAAGUCCACACACAUUCCUGUUGGAGAAGAUCAAGUCCAACACAUGGAACUAGUUCAAGAUCUAGCACAAGGUUUCAACAAGAAGUAUGGGCAUUUCUUUCCAGUGCCCCAGUCCAUUUUAAGCAUGUGUGUGUUGGUGUUUUACCCAGCACCCAUGAAGAAGGUGAAAUCCCUCCGUGACCCUUCUGCCAAAAUGUCAAAAUCAGACCCUGACAAACUGGCCACUGUGCGGAUUACAGACAGCCCAGAGGAGAUAGUGAAUAAAUUCCGCAAGGCUGUGACAGACUUCACCUCUGAAGUCACCUACGACCCUGGUAGCCGAGGGGGCGUCUCCAACCUGGUGGCAAUCCACGCUGCAGUCACGGGGCUCUCAGUGGAGGAAGUGGUCCACGGCAGCGUGGGCAUCGACACUGCCCACUAUAAGCAGAUAGUGGCAGAUGCUGUCAUUGAGAAAUUUGCUCCAAUUAAGAGUGAAAUUGAAAAACUGAAGAUGGACAAGGACUAUUUAGAGAAGAUUCUACGCACUGGAUCAGCAAAAGCCAAAGAAUUAGCAUAUCCUGUGAUCCAGGAGGUGAAGAAAUUGGUGGGGAUUCUAUAGGAAGCUUCAAACUAAUCACAAAAGGAUCUGUAUCUUGCAUUUGGGGGCAUUGAAUCAUUUAAUUUUGUAUAGCUGAUUAUUAGCCUCAUUUGAUGAAUGAAGUUUUAUAGUGUUCAAAUAAUAUUCUGAAUCUCAUUGAUGACAUGUGAUCAGAAAACAAAAAAUACUAAAGAAGGCAUAGCUGUGUGAAUCCCAAUUAUUUGAGGCAUGCUCCUUGAUCUGAAUGUAUCUACACAAAUGUGAUUGAAGUGAGCAGUAACUUGGGAAGUGGGAUAGGAUGUGUGUUUCCUUCCUUGAGUACUUAUUAUAACAUGUGUUCACUUAAGCAAACCUUUUUAAAAAGCAGUAUAUUGAGGUCUUAGACUUAAAAUCCAUGGGAUGUCAUUUGGUCCAAGUUUUAUUCAGGUUUUGUCUUGGUCACUUUCCCUUCACUGGAACAAAAUACCCGACACCCACAACUUAAAGGAGGAAUAGUUUAUUUUGGCUAAUGGUUUCUAGAGGGUUCAGUCUGUAGUCAGCUGGCUUCAAGGCAGGAGGGGCAGGGUAGAAGGGUCUGGCAGAGGAAAGCUGCUCAUGUCAUACAGGGCAGGAAGCAAGAGAGGGAAAGAAGAGCCAGGGAUAAGAAUGUACCCUUCCAGGUCACAGUGCCAGUGGCCCACCCCAACCAUGCCCAACCUUCUACAGCACACUCAGCAUGGAUUGAUCAGUGAACAAAUCCAUUGAUGAGUGUGGCGCCCCAUGAUGCAGUCACCUUCUAAAACAGCUCUGAAUGCAUGAGGCUUAGAGGACAUUCUAGGUCUAAACCAUAACACCUCAUAAGAACGAGUUGAUUAUUAUGUAUAGUUCCUCUGUCACUGAGAUAUUGCCCGCCUUAGUGCAUUUAAGCUGCUUGUCCAGGGACCACACUGAUCAUUCCAGCAAAUAUUGGUCCACUUCCUAAUUGAAAUAUGUGGAAUACUCUCUUCUGAAAACAUUUCAUUAUUUCAACUUGAUUCAUUCAUGGUACGAGAGUCCAGGUUCCUGAAUUAUAUUCUUAAUUAGCACUUUUUUGCAUUCAUCUCAAUUUAGUCUCACCAGCCUCCUGUGAAAUAUAUAGGAGAGGAAUCCCCAUUUCCAUAUGCAGAAAGGGAAGCUCGGGAGGCACAGUUGGCUUAUAUAAUAAGAAGCAAGUCCAGGGCCGGGGAUUUAGCUCAGUGGUUCCACCGCCUGCCUCGCAAGCAUAAGGUCCCAAGUUUGAUUACCGGUAACAAAAAAAAGAAACAAGUCCAGGCGUUAAACCUUUACUCAUUGAGAAGAGUCGUAUUCUUUUCUUUGCUUUUUUUGUUGUUUUGUUUUUGUUUUUUAUUUUUUCAUUUGCACAAAGCUCUGAGAGGCAGCAUGUUGAAGCCCACAAACAUUGUGAUUUUAAAAGUGGGUUUUGGAAAUACAAGGCCUGAACUACUGAUUUCACUUAUGUCACCAAGUCAGCCAACAGCUCCCUAUUUUAAAUCUUGAUUCAGCCAACCUUGGUCACAUUUGCCCCCCAAAACUGCAAAGGCGGUUCCCAAGUUCUCUCGUUUAUACUUACGACAGGAACUUCAAAGUGUAUACUGACAGAUGAAGUGGUAUUGAGACCUUACACAUCCGAUAUGAGGAGAAACUUCUCAUCUCACUUCUACCUCAGUCUCUCUAUGUAGUAAUAAAUCACUAAUAUAAUAAUGUAAUAAUAAAUCACUCUGAAACCUA